UGUGCGUUGGGGAGCGGAGAGCUGAGAGAGAAAGCGAGGGGGGGGAGAAAGAGUCUCAAAAUUAGACAGACAGCCAUUAAAAAAGACAGAGGGAAUAGCGACGCUGGCGCUCACUCUCCAAGUGUGAAGAUUUGUAUUUCUGUCGGGCGUAACGAGCGCUGCCAGGCCCAGUCUGUGCCAGCGACGGCAGGCUUCUCCAUCUCCACCUCCACCUCCAGCCCCAGCGACUCGUUCCCAGGCUGUAAAUUGCACAGAUUAGCUCAAUUACGGAAGCUGGUGAAGAAACUGGACCCUGUACCAAAGGCGCAUAUAAGCAAUGUCAUUGCUGUGUGUUGGAGUGAAAAAAGCCAAGCUUGAUGGACCCCAAGAGAAAUUUAACACAUACGUGACCCUGAAGGUGCAGAAUGUUAAGAGCACCACCAUCGCUGUGCGCGGCAGUCAGCCAUGCUGGGAGCAGGACUUCAUGUUUGAAAUAAACCGCCUGGAUCUGGGCCUGACAGUGGAGGUGUGGAAUAAAGGGCUGAUCUGGGACACCAUGGUGGGCACCUUAUGGAUCCCCCUGCGCAACAUACGGCAGUCCAACGAGGACGGUCCAGGCCAGUGGCUGACUCUGGACGCCAAUGCGAUCAUGGGCGAGAACGAGAUCUGUGGAACCAAAGACCCGACCUUUCACAGGCUGCUGCUCGACACCCGCUUUGAACUGCCACUAGACAUUCCUGAGGAAGAGGCCAGAUACUGGGCCAAGAAACUUGAACAACUAAAUGCCAUGAGAGAUCAAGAUUAUGCCUAUCAAGAAGAACAGGAGCGACCACUCCAUGCACCAACCACACAGUGCUGUAAUUGGAGUCUGUGGGGAGAUCAGCAAAACGAGGAUCCAGACAGCGCCGUGGACGACAGGGACAGUGACUACCGCAGCGAGACCAGUAACAGCAUCCCGCCUCCCUACUACACCACCUCCCAGCCAAACGCUUCCAUGCACCAGUAUCCCAUGAGGCACCAGCAAUACAGACACUCCUACGGUGACGACAUCCACGACCUGGACUACGACCACAGAGCCAUGAGACGCUAUGAUAGUUUAGACUCGGCCACCAACGGGCGCAGCGAUAUCGACUCAGGCUCAGGAUCGAGCCGGCGCACCAGCCGUCAGUAUUCUCUAGACAGUAGGCAUUCACUGUCCGAUAGUCCCACAGACAGUCGUUACGCCUCGUCAGGCGAGUUGAGUCGAGGCAGCUCUCAGCUCAGUGAGGAGUUUGUUGCUGAGGACGGCGAGAGCUUGCGAGGUUCAGAGUUCUACGAUGAAAACGACUCCUACCACUCCUGCCACUCCUCCGUCAGCUACGGCAAAGAGGAUUCCCCAGGAUGGGAUGGUGAGGACCCCCAAGGCGUCUACAGUGAUGAGGGAGGCUACCUCAAAGAUGGAGGGGAAGAGGGGGCGCUGUACGCCGAAGAGGAGGGCGACAUGUACGGGGAGGAUGGAGAGUACAACUACGAAGAUGAGGAGGACAUGCCUUUCGAGGAAGAUGAAGAUAUGUAUCCACUUGACGGCACACUCAGUGAAGACCAGGAGCCACCCUACACCCCCACACCUACAAGCACUGCCCCCACCCUGAUGCCACCCUCUGAUAGUCUUGCCUCCACCAGGCCACCACUGGAGAAGCAGCCGUCGCUGCAUCAGCAGCGGCCAGCCCAAGAUCAGGUCCAACCCCCCAGCACAGCUCCUGGUCUACCUCCAGUCACACAGGAUGACACAUUGCUCCCUUUCAGUGCAGAAUCCACCAAGCCUCCAUUUACACCCACCCAGCCAGCUCUGUCAACCACCACCACAUCCACCCCUACGACCACAUCACAGGUUCCAGCUCCAGAUUCCAAGCCCCUGGAGCCUGAACCCGAGUCCAAAGUGCCACUGGAAGAACCUAAACCUCUUGAGCAGCCUCCGGCGGCAGAGAGUGUCCCCCCAGCUCCUGCAGAGAAAACAGAGGAGCCACCUGUUCCAAGUUUCCCAAAGAGGGAAAUCAUGGAACCUGGUCCUGCCAGAGCCAAAGCCAACUGGCUUAGACUUUUCAGCCGAGUACGACUACAGCUGCAAGAGGCCCGAGGAGAAAGUGUUGGCAUCGCCUCUCUGCUUUUGUCAGCAGGGAUGGGUGGCGCUCUGUAUAGCAUUGACAGCAUGCCAGACCUCAGGAAGAGGAAAGCUAUGCCUCUCGUCCGAGAUCUGUCCUUGGUUCAGAACUCCAGGAAGGCAGGCAUCACCUCGGCCCUGACAUCCAGCACGCUGCAUAAUGAAGAACUGAAGAGUCACGUCUACAAGAAGACCCUCCAGGCCCUUAUUUAUCCCAUCUCCUGCACCACCCCACACAAUUUCGAGGUGUGGACAGCCACCACGCCCACUUACUGCUACGAGUGUGAGGGACUACUGUGGGGUAUUGCUCGCCAGGGCAUGCGCUGUACCGAGUGUGGAGUCAAAUGCCACGAGAAGUGCCAAGAUCUACUCAAUGCUGAUUGUCUGCAAAGAGCAGCAGAGAAGAGCUCCAAACACGGCGCCGAGGACCGAACCCAGAACAUCAUCAUGGUUCUCAAAGACCGCAUGAAGAUCCGCGAGAGAAACAAACCCGAGAUCUUCGAACUCAUCCAGGAGGUGUUCGCCAUCGUCAAGGCCACCCACGUCACCCACAUGAAGCAGAUCAAACAGAGCGUGCUCGAUGGCACCUCUAAGUGGUCGGCCAAGAUCAGCAUCACAGUGUUGUGUGCCCAGGGUCUACAAGCCAAGGAUAAAACCGGCUCCAGUGAUCCUUAUGUCACCGUCCAGGUGGGAAAAACCAAAAAGAGGACCAAGACCAUCUACGGCAACCUCAACCCUGUCUGGGAGGAGACGUUUAACUUUGAAUGCCACAACUCCUCGGACCGCAUCAAGGUGCGAGUGUGGGAUGAGGACGACGACAUUAAGUCCCGUGUGAAGCAGAAGUUCAAGCGCGAGUCGGACGACUUCCUCGGUCAAACUAUCAUCGAGGUCCGCACUCUGAGCGGAGAGAUGGACGUCUGGUACAAUCUGGACAAGCGUACAGACAAGUCAGCUGUGUCCGGGGCUAUUCGGAUGCACAUUAAUGUGGAGAUCAAAGGAGAGGAGACGGUCGCCCCCUAUCACGUCCAGUACACCUGUUUGCAUGAGAACCUUUUCCACUAUGUGACAGAUAUCCAGAACAACGGUGUGGUGAAGAUCCCCGAUGCCAAAGGAGAUGACGCAUGGAAGGUCUACUUUGAGGAGACGCCCCAGGAGAUUGUAGAUGAGUUUGCCAUGCGUUACGGAGUGGAGUCCAUCUACCAGGCCAUGACUCACUUUGCCUGCCUAUCAUCCAAGUACAUGUGCCCAGGUGUGCCUGCAGUAAUGAGUACCCUACUGGCUAACAUCAAUGCCUACUACGCUCACACCACCCAGGCAACAAACAACGUAUCUGCCUCUGACCGCUUCGCUGCCUCUAACUUUGGAAAAGAGCGAUUUGUCAAGCUUCUGGACCAGCUCCACAACUCCCUGCGCAUUGACCUGUCCAUGUACCGCAACAAUUUCCCUGCCAGCAGUCCCGAGAGGCUGCAGGACCUCAAGUCCACAGUAGACCUCCUCACCAGUAUCACCUUCUUCAGAAUGAAGGUCCAAGAGCUUCAGUCUCCUCCCAGAGCCAGCCAGGUAGUGAAGGACUGUGUCAAAGCCUGUCUCAACUCCACCUACGAGUACAUCUUUAAUAACUGUCAUGAGCUGUACAGCCGCGAGUAUCAGACAGACCCGGCCAAACAGGGUGCUGUGCCUCCAGAGGAGCAGGGACCCAGCAUCAAGAAUCUGGACUUCUGGUCCAAACUCAUCACACUUAUCGUCUCCAUUAUUGAGGAGGACAAGAACUCCUACACUCCCUGCCUAAACCAAUUUCCCCAGGAGCUCAACGUGGGUAAAAUCAGCGCUGAAGUGAUGUGGAACCUGUUUGCUCAGGAUAUGAAGUAUGCAAUGGAGGAACAUGAAAAAAAUCGCUUGUGCAAGAGUGCGGAUUACAUGAACCUGCACUUCAAGGUCAAGUGGCUGUACAACGAGUACUGCAAAGACCUGCCCUUCUUCAAGAGCAGAGUGCCUGAAUAUCCUGCGUGGUUUGAGCCAUUUGUCAUUCAGUGGCUGGACGAAAACGAGGAGGUGUCUCGGGACUUUCUGCACGGCGCUUUGGAGAGAGACAAAAAAGAUGGGUUCCAGGUCACAUCAGAACAUGCUCUGUUCUCCUGUUCGGUGGUGGACGUGUUUUCUCAGCUCAACCAGAGCUUUGAGAUCAUCAGGAAGUUAGAGUGUCCGGAUCCGCAGAUCGUAGGACACUACAUGAAGCGAUUCGCAAAGACCAUCAGCAAUGUGCUUCUGUCCUACGCUGAUAUCAUCUCCAGGUUGUUCGCCAACUAUGUCACCAUGGAGAAAGUGCCCUGCAUCCUGAUCAACAACAUCCAACAGCUGAGAGUUCAGCUGGAGAAGAUGUUUGAAGCCAUGGGUGGAAAAGAUCUGUGUGUGGAGGCCAGUGACAUCCUGAAGGACCUGCAGGUUAAGCUCAACAAUGUCAUGGAUGAUCUCAGCAGGGUCUUUGCUGUCAGUUUCCAGCCUCACAUAGAGGAGAAUGUGAAGCAGAUGGGAGACAUCUUGGCUCAAGUGAAGGGAACGUCAAAUGUGGGAAAUGCCAGCAGUGUGGCGCAGGAUGCUGACAAUGUCCUGCAGCCCAUCAUGGAGUUCCUGGACAGCAACCUGACUUUGUUUGCUAAGAUCUGUGAAAAGACUGUGCUGAAACGUGUGUUGAAGGAGCUGUGGAAGCUGGUGAUGAACACCAUGGAGAAGACCAUUGUUCUGCCGCCACUCACAGACCAAACGGGGAGGCUGAAGAGUGCUUCUCACAGUGAUGGCACUCAGCUCAUAUUUAACGCUGCCAAGGAGCUGGGACAGCUGUCCAAGCUGAAGGAGCACAUGGUUCGUGAGGAGGCCAAAGCGCUCACCCCUAAGCAGUGUGCUGUGAUAGAGCUGGCUCUGGACACCAUCAAGCAAUAUUUCCAUGCUGGUGGUGUGGGUCUGAAGAAGACUUUCCUGGAGAAGAGUCCUGACCUCCAGUCUCUCCACUACGCCCUGUCCCUCUACACGCAGGCUACAGACAAACUCAUUAAGACCUUUGUCCAGUCACAGAACGCCCAAGGCUCUGGAGUGGACGAUGCUGUGGGAGAGGUGUCCAUCCACGUGGAGAUCUUUACUCACCCCAACACUGGAGAGCACAAGGUCACAGUGAAAGUGGUGGCUGCCAAUGACCUGAGGUGGCAGACGCAGGGAAUAUUCCGGCCAUUUGUGGAGGUGUAUAUCAUCGGCCCUCACCUCAGCGACAAGAAGAGGAAGUACGCCACCAAGUCGAAGAACAACAGUUGGGCUCCCAAAUACAAUGAAACCUUCACUUUCACCCUGAGUAGCGAGGUGGGUCCUGAGUGCUAUGAGCUGCAGGUGUGUGUGAAGGACUACUGCUUCGCGCGAGAGGACCGCACCGUGGGUAUGGCUGUCCUGCAGCUGAAGGAUGUAGCCUCUAAGGGCAGCGUCGCCUGCUGGCUACCACUAGGUAAACGCAUCCACAUGGACGAGACGGGCCUCACUGUCCUGCGUAUCCUCUCCCAACGCAACAACGACGACGUGGCCAAGGAGUUCGUCAAGCUCAAGUCGGACCAGCGCUCUGCAGAAGAGGGCCGCAGCUAAGAGACAUGACAGAAAUUUAAAUUGACCCGUCUGAAGCUCAAUCAGACGUUGCCACCUACUGCCCCGGAGCUCUCAGGAGCCACCGCUAGCCACUGCCCUGAUGAUCCAGUGUUGUAAAAGCACAGAUAAGACACCACACAUCCAGUGCUGUAAAUACAUUCAUUUCAGUGGAAAGUGCUAAACAAGUCAUCACUAAUCUUCUUCAAAAAGCACCAGUGUAUCUCUAUCACUGCAGAUAUUAUAUCAGCCAUCCUUUUGACGAACAGUAUAUAGAGUUUAAUCACAGAGCAUAUAUCUACUUUUCUCUGUCCAAAGAGGUAAGUCAUGCCAUUACACGCACGCACGCACACGCACGCACACACACACACACACACACACACACACACACACACACACCUCGUUUGACUGGUUAAGGUGAGAAAUAUCUUGUAGCCUUUAAUAUUUUGGCUUCCUCUCGUCCCCUCCCUGGCCUUCACCCGCUCAGAGAAGGGACGGCAAGUGCCAACAGAUAAUCGCUGAAAUAUGCCAAGACCAGCCCUAAGCACAACAGGACCAACUGUCCAACUGACCCAUUAACAACAACAACAACGGCUGCAAGGCCUCAAACAUUCCAGAUAUCGGGCGGGGAACAAAGCACUAUUUAGUUAAGAUAAUUUUAAUAUUUAUUUACUGCUCUCUUCCAAAUUAUAUUUAUAUUUAAAUAAUUCUAUAUAUCAUAUAAUAUAUAAUAUACGAAGGACAUAUGUAAAGUUAUAUACAGGAUUAUUCGAUGGACGCGUGGUCCUUGAAAGAUUGUCCUCGUCUGUCUUUAUGUCCGUCUACCCUGUAACAGAGCACACUGCCUGACACCCUCAAUGCCUUCUGUCUUGUUGACCCUCGUAUGGUGUGUCUGUCUCCUAUAUAGCGACAGUAUAGAGAGUAAUCUGAUGAAAACACGCCUUCAAGCACUGUGAUUCAUCAGAGUAUAUGUGUGUGAGAAUGUCCAAGUGUGAAUGUAUACUCUUGAGUGCGUGCGGAGCUCGUAAUGCGCAAGUGUGUUUGUAAGAUCGUUCUAAUGUCAACCUCAUGUAGCCGCCCGUGUUGCCUGUUACCUGCAAAUGUAAUCACAGAAAGCCAUCACAAGCGACGAACAUCACACAGAGGGGGGUGUUCAUAUUCAGAUUAGAUUCUGGAGGAUUUUCAAAGUGUCUUUUACUCUGGGGAGGAUGCAUCUUAUAUCUUAUGAUGGUUAUUUCCAUCGUUUUUGUUGUUACUGCAAACAUUCCCAACAGCCCUGUACUGGGUGUGUGAGAGGUGCGCGACAGAGGGAGAAAAACUGCCACUUCCUUUUCUUACAAAUUGCCAAAUCAAAACCUGCAUGUGAGGAGAUCAUGGAAACCUGAGAUCCUAUUUUGCAAAAGCAACAUGCUCUGAGGCAAAAAUAUCUUACAAAACCACACACGCUGCACCCCAGGGAGAGCAAAAAUCAGUAAUGAUUUACCACCCAUGAUCUCCAAUGAUCCAGCUGCAGGUGCUGUAACCCUGAUCUCUGAUACAGAGAAGUCAGACCUCUGCUAAAGGGCUGCAGAUCCAGGCCACACCAGGUCUGGCGCUGACAUUUAAAAGAGGGCCUACAGCUUCGUAGAGAUGUAGUGUGAAGAUUUUAGAAGCACAGGGUCUUUAAUGCACCCAUAAUAACACGUUUAUACUCAGAUAUUUUUAUUUUAUUUUCAGUAAAUGUUUAUGGAAUGACAGGAAAUACACAUCAAGGCUUCAGAUCAUCCUACAGUGAAUUCAUUUCUUUAAUCUAGAGUCGAUUUCAUGUGAAACUAAAUGUUUUGAAGUGACUAUUGACUGUCCAGCAUGUCUAUUAAUUCAACUUCUAUUUUCAUGAAUGCCCCUUUUUUUAAAAGAUUGAUUGGUUUAUUUAUCUGUUGAGGUGCGUAUGUUAGUUGUAAACAAAAAAAAGCAUCCAGGUGAAAAAAGAACGUUUAAUAAUGACAGGGUGUUUUUUUUUUCUAUUUCUGCCUCUUUCUUUGAGUUCCCCCCAAAGCACUUAAUCGUAAAUGAAUAAUUUAACAGGCCCCCUCUUUUGAACAAGGUGUAAGAACUGAACUCUAUGCAUCUAAUCUAUAAAAAUCUAUGUAGAUGAGUCAUUUUCGAAGCAGUCUUAUAAUGUUUACAUUGUGGAUUAUUCUUAUUAUAUCAGCACAAGUGUUUGUCUGAUAUGUUGUACAUGCUGUCUCUAUCGUAAUGGGCCAAAUAUCACAGCUGUAGUAGAGCUGAUUAGAGACUGAAAUUUGUUUGUACAGCUUUUCAGCGCUGAGGAAAAUGAUGUGCAUCGGAGAGAUCGAUUGUUGUCGUUGGGCAUUGUAAAUAGCUCGGAUGUAACAAACACAUGUCAGAAUAUGUGAAGUGAAGUUUGCUGCUCUUUUGUAGACUUGAAUUUUUUGCUCUGGGUGACUGGGCAGUUGGAGCUUAUGUGUGUGUGGGUGCCCAAUCUGGAUAUGUAGCUAUUAUGGAAAGAUAAAGGGAGGCAAUGUGCACACUGGAGAUGAACAACAAGCAAAUAGUACAAAUCUGGUAAUUUAAAGGAAUACUUCACCCCCCAAAAGACAAUUAUUAUAUCAGUUACUCACCCUGUGUUACUUUGAAUUCAUGGAGAACACUUUGUUUUUCUCACAUGCUUCCAUGGUGAACAAAUAUUCCAAAAACUGAGAAUAUUCAUGAUGAAUUGAAGUCAUAGGGAUCCACGUUUAACAACAGGAAAGCUAUGUCAAAACAACUUGUGCAGUAUAAUCCGAGUCUCGUUUAUCCAGUCGUAUGCUCAAUAUUUCCCAAACAGAGAGCCCUUUCUGACAGGAAACUGAACUGAAUGUGAAACU